AUGUUUCUUGCUCUGAUGAUUCCAUAUAUCAUUGCUGCUAGCUGUAUCGAUGCAUCACUUGUGGGCUCUACAACCGGUGAAGUGAUUAUUACAACCGACGGAAUGAUUAGUACAACAGGUGGAGUAGUUAGUACAACCAACAGAAUGGUUAGUACUACCGGUGGGAUGAUUAGUACAACCGGUGGAAUGGUUAGUACAACUACUAGCAUGACAACAAGCAUGGUGUCAGGUAGUGCUAUUGCUUUUCAACGUUCAAUUACUAUUGUAAGUUAG